GUGACCGCGCACGUGACCGCGCGCAUGGCGGCGGCGGGAGGGUGGCGAGCGGGGCGUGCACGGCGGCGGCGGCGGCGGCGGCGGCGGGGCGAGGAGGAGGAGGAUGAUGAUGAUGAGGAGGAAGGCGGCCCCGCCACCGAAGCGGUGCUGCGGCGGCUGCGGGAGGCGCGGGACGAUCUGCUGAGCUCCGGCUUCUGGGCGGCGAGCGCCGGAGCCGUGCGCGCCCCGCUGAGCGGCCCCGCGGAGCCGCCCGCCCGCUGCGUGUGCUACGGGCUGGGCCGGUUCGGGCGCUGCCCCGCCGCGCGGUACCAGCUCGCCUUCCUGCUGCUGCUGCUGGACGAGCUGCGGGUGCCGCCCGGCCGCUGCGCCCUGUUCGACCCGGCCUUCUCGGCGCGGGAGGCGGCGGCGCUGCGAGCGCUGGGGCUGUGCCUGCUCACGGAGAAUGAGGAGGGGAAACACGGCGUGCAGGGGGCGGCCACGCUGUUCUACAUGGUGCACUGCGGGAAGGCUCUGUACAACAACCUGCUGUGGAGCAACUGGAGCCCGGCGGCGCUCUCCAAGCUGGUCAUCAUCGGGAACAGCUUCCGAGGAAUCGAGGAGAGAUUGCUGUCCAGAAUCUUGGAGAGAGAUUAUUCUUACAUAGCAAAGGUCUUGAAAGGAGUGGAGGAAGUGGCACUCCCCAGUCACCCCCGCUACCUGGACACCUUCAAUGACACCUCCGUGCACUGGUUUCCCUUGGAUAAACUGCAGGAGCUCUCCCCUGAGGUCUGGGACUUUGUAGAGGAGCCGAUGUACCAGGACUGUGAGGACCUGGAGAUCAUCAGGAAGGGGGAGGGACCUACUGCCAAGUCCUGACUGUCCCGUGGUGGCAGGGCUGGGAUCCACAUCUCUUCCCAUGGAAGCUUCUGUGCAGCUGAGAUGGAGCUCAGUAGCAACAGUGGCAUCAGGCUCUGUCAGAAGUGGCAGCACCUGAAUGCUGAGGUGAUGAGACAUUUUUGUAUCUUAUUUAAUAAAAAAAUAAAGCUGAGCUUUGACUUACA